AUGGGACUUUAUCGAAUUAACUUUAGACUUUUAUUUAUUGCACUUGUUUUUAUUAUAUCCUUCUGGAUUCUAUUUCUGAAUCAGAAAAGCUCUUUAUCUUCUGUUAUAUCAUAUACUUCGAUUGGUGAAGUUAUUAGAAAACCUAUUAUUGCUUCUGCCUCAACUGUUGCGCCGAUUGAAACUAAAUCAGCUAACUUAAAGAAGAACAGAAAAUCUAAAUCUAAAUCUAAAAAGAAAAAGAAAACUACACUUAAAAGCAAAUCUAACAAGGAAAAUAUGGUAUAUCCAGGAAUCAGAGUUCCAGCAAAAGCCGCUCAUACUGCCACAGUAAUCUUUCUUCAUGGGCUUGGUGAUUCUCCCGCCGGCUGGGUAUUUUUCGCUCAAGAAGCUGCCCGACAAGGCCGUUUAAAACAUGUCAAAUUUGUUUUUGCUGAGGCACCUAACCAGCCGGUUACCCUUAAUUAUGGUAUGGUGAUGCCUGCUUGGUACGACAUCAAAGCGCUUAACAAUGUUAUGGGGCAACAAGAUGAAGAAGGAAUAUUUGCAAGUAUUGAUCGCCUAAAGCAAGUCAUUAAUGAAGAAAUUCAAGACGGUCUUCCUUCUAAUAGAAUUGUAAUUGGUGGAUUUUCUCAGGGCUGCGCUAUCUCCCUUGGGACGUCAGUUGUUUAUGACAAGCCAUUGGGUGGCGUUAUUGGUUUAUCCGGCUAUUUACCUAUUCAUGAAAAAAUAGCAGCUCAGAAAUCCGAUGCUAAUAUUGACACACCUUAUUUUCUUGGUCAUGGGACUGCUGAUCAAGUUGUCAAGUUUUCUUCUGGUCAAAUGUCUAGAGAUUUUCUCAAAAAUACCCUUCACAGAUCAAAGUUAGAAUGGCAUCAAUACGAAGGAAUGCUUCACACAGCUAGUCCUGAAGAAAUAGAAGAAGUUUUCAAAUUCUUGGAAAAAUCUAUCCCAUAA